CCCUCCCCGCGGGGCUCCAGCUGAGCUCGCAGCCGGGCCUGGGGACUCGGGAUCCCGCUGCUGCCGGGGCCGCAGGAUGGGGCGCGUCCUCGGGGGCCUGCGCUGCAUCAAGUACAUGCUGCUCGCCUUCAACCUGCUUUUCUGGUUGGCAGGCUCUGCAGUCAUCGUUUUUGGCCUGUGGCUUCGCUUUGGAGGCAUCGUCAAGGAUCUAUCUUCAGAGGGCAAAACCCCUGAGUAUUUCUAUAUGGGGCUGUAUGUGCUUGUUGGAGCAGGUGCCCUGAUGAUGACUGUGGGAUUCUUCGGAUGCUGUGGAGCUGUGCGAGAGUCUCAGUGUCUGCUCGGAUCAUUUUUCACCUGCCUGCUGGUGAUCUUUGCUGCAGAGGUAACCACUGGAGUAUUUGCAUUUAUAGGCAGAGGAAUGGCUAUCCGAGAAGUUCAGACCAUGUACGAAGAAGCAUAUAACGGUUACCUUAAAGAUAAAAUGAACAAAACUCUGAUCACCUUCCACUCCUCAUUUCUAUGCUGUGGAAAAGAAAGCCCCGAUCAGGUCCAAUCUACAUGCCCAAAGGAGCUCCUAGGACACAAAAACUGUAUAGACGAGAUUGAGAACGUGAUCAGUGCUAAACUCCAGCUCAUUGGGAUCGUCGGGAUUGGAAUAGCUGGCGUCACGAUCUUUGGCAUGAUAUUCAGCAUGGUACUCUGCUGCGUGAUCCGUAAUUCAAGAGAUGUAAUAUAAAACUCCACCUGCAUGAUAUCGAAAACCCAGGACUUUAUGACUAAAUGUCACAAGAGCCAUCGUCUUACUCAGCUGUUAAAGUGGAAAGGCAUUAAGGUCUCAAAUGAUUUGGUUCCCAGUGUACAUCUGCACAUGUAUGUGAGUGUGGUACAUAGUCUUCCUGCCAUGUGGGCAAGUGAUUGUGUCCUAGUGUCGUCAGACCUGUGUGCAGCUGCACAACGUCUGGUGUGUGCAAGGCAUGCUGAAAGCCCUUCGGUGUGGAUUCCUAUUUCUCUCUGUGAUCACAUGGGGCAGGGGGUAAUAGGCAGUUAAAAACAACCACCAGCACAACCAAAAGGCUUUGAUUCACUUUUAGAUGGGAAUGUUCAAGCCGGGGAAAGCAAUUGAGCUUCUAAAAAGCAAAUACCAGCAGUAAGGGCCCAGGGAUUCCCAGGGAGAGAAUAUUGAAAUCUGGUGACGAUCAGGACCUCACAGAGUUUGUGGGAAUUCAUUGGUACCAUGGAUGUGUAAUCUCAUGAAUGAUCCCAAGAGGUAAUGGACCAGAAUCUUCGAGCCCAAAGUAAUGGCAAAACUAAAAUGAACAAAGACAGCUUAAUUUGAAUGUCGUUCUUUCUUAAAAUGUAUAUGUAUCUUUAUACACAUGCAUAUAGACAUCUGUAUAGACAUAUACAAUGUGUAUAGACAUUGUGUGUAUGUGUAUAUAAUGUAUAUAUGCAAUAUGUGUAUAUGAAAUAUAUAUAUUGACUGUUACAUACCAUGGGCGUAUACACAAUGUAUACAUGUAUAUAGACAUGUGUGUAGACACAUGUGUAUAUGCAAGGUAUAUAUACAUGAUGUAUAUGUGUGUAUAGACAUGUGUGUAUAGUGUGUACACACACAAUAUGACCCACCUUUUGAAAACAAAUGCCUGCCUCACAGACAAUCCUGUGCCCCUGCAAUGUUAAAUGUCCCUUCAGGUUGAAAGACACUCCCCUAGCUCUUUAAGCAAAGAUUUUUUGAAUACGUGUCAGUAGCCCUUUUCAUCCUCCUCUUUUUCUGCCUCUUCUUUGAGCUAUUGCAGCUGCCACGCCUUUGAAUGGGCUUUUCUCCCAAGCUCCCCCGCCCCCAUGUGUUUUGGGAUAUAAUAAGAACAGGAAGUAAAAGUCAGCACAUCUGCCCAUUGCAUGUUGUGGGUAAGAGAUUUGGUGUUUUAUCGGCACUGUACCUUUGAAAUACCUCAGGACUUGAGUUUACAUAUUUUUUCCUAAUUAUUUUUGUAUUCUUUUCUUAUUUAUUCACUUAGUAAAUUCUUCUUCGUGGGUCAAGAAAUGAAAAAGAUUUCUUCCCCCCCAAUUAAAAUAAAUAAAAAUGAAAGAUUAUAAACUCAUAUUCUCUCUUGAGCUUCCUUGCCCUAGAAAUGAGCACUUUCUCCUAAAAUAGAUGUUUAGAACAGGAACCUGCAAAACAGAAACACAAAAGUCUCUCUCUCUGCACCACUCCCCCGGGCCAGUUUGUUCAUCAGCAUUCGAACCCAAAGUCACAAUCACAAUUGCCUGCUUUUGGGGCUGAGUACAUUCACUAGAUGUAGAUGGAAAGAACCAACCAUAUUUUUCAAACCCUACAAAAAUGGAAGAAUAAGGGACUUCAGAAAGUAGCCACCUGGCUGAGAUAUACCUGUUCAAGCUCUUCAGUGUGCACACAAAGGAGGUAGAGUCCCAGGUUCCCCAACAUACUUGGCUGACAAGACUUGCCUCCUCUGAAUCCUCCGACUCCCUAUUACAGCCUAGUUAUUUUCUUCCAUCCACUGUCUCCCCCUUCCACACAUGUCUCUGCCACUGACAACUGCGGAAUCCACCUCUAAAGCAACCCGGGUUAUGAAGGUGAAUUAAGGUCUAGACUGGCGUGGUUAAUUCACUGUGUCCAACAGCUGAAGACAAACAUCUUCAUGUCCAUAAAAUCCAUUCAUUCUGUAACUGUCUUCGUUCCAAGAGUUGUGGAGUGAAAAAUCCAUGAGAAAAAUGUGGAUAACCAUUUCUACUUGGUUUUUGAGUCAUCGUAUAACCAGAGUCAGGAGGGGCUUAACCCAUAAGACCCAUCCACCCAGCAUGCUCUUCCAGCCAUGUUGUUCUGUGAGAAUAAUGUUCAUUUUGUACAUGAAAUCUCAGCCUUUCAAGAGAUGAUGAUUGUUCAGAGUACAAUAACAAGGAUCGUCAUAUUAGAGCGGUGCCAGUUUGGGCAUGUCCUAGGAUAAAUGCCUGUGCCAACAUGCUUGGGGUUUUUUUUUUAUUAUUUUUUUGGUUUGGGUUUUGGUUUUGGUUUUUUGCGGGGCAAUGGGGGUUAAGUGACUUGCCCAGGGUCACACAGAUAGUAAGUGUCAAGUGUCUGA